AUGGACAGCCGGGAGUUCAAGGACGCCGCAAAGGCGUCAAUCGACCACAUUGUCGACUACUAUGAGAACAUCACAGACCACAGCGUCGUCUCGCAGGUCGAGCCUGGCUACCUGCGCAAGAUGCUGCCCGAGUCGCCGCCGCAAGAGGGCGAGGCUUGGGAUGUGAUCCGCAAGGACCUCGACAGCAAGAUCGUGCCGGGCCUGACGCACUGGCAGUCGCCCAACUUCUUCGCCUUCUUCCCCUGCCCGGCCUCGUACCCCUCGCUGCUGGGCGAGCUGUACUCGGCCGCCUUCACCGGCGCCUGCUUCAACUGGAUCUGCUCGCCCGCCGUCACCGAGCUCGAGACCAUCGUGCUCGACUGGGUCGCUCAGAUCAUCGGCCUCCCGCCCGCAUACCACUCGACCGGCCCCACCCGCGGCGGCGGCGUCAUUCAGGGCUCCGCCAGCGAGGCCGUCCUGACCAUGAUGGUCGCCGCCCGCGAAAAGUACCUGCGCGACACCCUGCCCACCCCCGGAUCCGUCUCCGAGGAGGAGCUCGAGGACCUCGACAUGCGGAAGCGCAACAGGCUGGUGGCUCUGGGCAGCGCCGCCGCCCACUCAUCCACCAAGAAGGCCGCCAAGAUCCUGGGUGUGCGGUAUGCCGCCGUGCCCGUGUCGGCCGAGACUAAUUUCGCCAUGACGGGCGAGGCCCUUAGGACCACCCUUGAGGGGCUCAGGGCCAAGGGACUGGAGCCCUUCUUCCUAACCGCCACGCUCGGCACGACGGACACGUGCGCCGUGGACGACUUUGGCGCCAUCGCGGACGUCCUGGCCAAGUUCAGUGGGUCAACCACCAACGGCACAACCACCAACGGCACGACCACCAACGGCGAGGGUGGAAUCCCGCCCGCGAGGAAGGGCGAGGUCUGGGUGCACAUCGACGCGGCGUACGCGGGGUCGGCGCUGGUGACACCCGAGGCGCAGGAGGCGGUGGGCGUGCAGCACCUGGCGCACUUCCACUCGUUCAACUUCAACAUGCACAAGUGGCUGCUGACCAACUUCGACGCGUCGUGCGUCUUCGUGGGCAACCGCGCGUGGCUCGAGGAGGCGCUCAGCUCGGAGCUGCACGUCUACCGCAACACGUACAGCGACGGCGGCCUGGUGACCGACUACCGCAACUGGCAGAUCCCGCUGGGCCGGCGCUUCCGCUCCCUCAAGGUCUGGUUCGUGCUCCGCAACUACGGCGUCGCCGGCCUCCAGCGCUACAUCCGCCGCGGCGUCGCCCAGGGCGAGCUGUUCGCCGGUUGGCUGCGGGAGCGGGCCGACCUUUUUGAGAUCCUGACCGGCCCCGCGUUCGCGCUGACUGUGUUCCGGCUCGCGCCGCGAGGGGUGGAUAGCGACGAGCGCAGGAGCGAGCUCACCCGCGCGCUGUACGAGGAGGUCAACAGGUCCGGCAAGCUGUGGGUGACGAGCACGGUGCUUGACGGGAAAUUCGCCAUCAGGGUGAUGACGGGCAAUAUCACGACUGAGGAGCAGCAUGUCAAGGCGGCGUUUGAGCUGAUUCUUGCUACUGCUGAGAGGGUUGUGAAGGGAAAUUAG